AAAGAGACUGAAAGGACCCCGAAAGAAAGCUGUCAGAAGAGAGGUGUGCUUCUGCUGUUUGUUAUUUUUUAAAGCGAUUAACAACUACAUAAUAAUGCGUAUUCUUUUAUUUAGCAGAACGUAAUAUAAAGGUUGUAUUUACGGGAUUCCAUAUCAUGGCUACUACUGAAAAUGCUGAAUUGGGUUCAGCAGAGACCAGAGCGGAGCGUAAGGCCGCUCACUCGGAUGCAAAGUACCCGCUGAAAGUGCUUUACUGUGGAGUCUGCUCCUUGCCAACAGAGUACUGUGAGUACAUGCCUGAGCCAGCAAAAUGCAGGCAGUGGCUGGAGAAGAACUUUCCGGAUGUGUUUGCUAAGAUGUGUGUAGAACACAGUCAGAAGCACGAUGCUGGAGACGGAGAAGCACCCCCUGUUGUUGAGGAAGAGGAGAAGAAGAAACAGAAAAGAGGCGGCAGGGGUCAGAUCAAACAGAAAAAGAAAACGGUUCCCCAGAAAGUAACGAUCGCAAAAAUCCCACGAGCCAAGAAGAAAUACGUGACCAGGGUUUGUGGCCUGGCAACCUUCGACAUCGACCUUAAAGAAGCCCAGCGGUUCUUCGCCCAGAAAUUCUCUUGCGGUGCCUCUGUAACAGCAGAGGAUGAAAUCAUCAUUCAGGGAGACUUUACAGACGACAUCAUCGACGUCAUUCAAGAAAAGUGGCCCGAGGUGGACGAUGACAGCAUCGAUGACCUCGGCGAGGUGAAGAAGUAGAGACCAGAGACGACACCCCUUCACCCCCCCCCUCCAUUCCCCCCCCCCUCCAUUCACCCCCCCCCCCUCCAUUCACCCCCCCCACACACACACUUUCCCGAAGGAGUGCGCCACAAAAUGAACCUGCCGCCCCAGCCCACUGCAUUACAAGAAGAGCCAUUUUCUCUGUACUCUCAUUUACUGUACCAGAGCUGGGGAGUCGGCCUCCUCCCGGGCUAACACACGUCACUUCUGUAACUCUAGCUGCUUCGCCGUUGCCAAAGGUCUGAUAUGAUUGUGAACUCCUCUAAGACGCUGCACUAAAGCAAUCUUUAGGCUAAUAAAACUGUCAUUUUGGUCUCCUUUGCUCAUUCA